AUGUCAAAUAUCUCAAAGUUGUUGUCUUGUACCCAAAAAUUGGGAGUACGUAGCUAUUCAUCAGAGGCAGUUAAAUUAUUUGCCAACAGAGAUUUCUUGGUCCAAAACCCAGAAACCAAGAUUACCACACUUCCAAAUGGUAUCCGUGUUGCCACUGAACAAUCAUUUGGUGAGACUGCCAGUAUUGGUGUUUGGGUUGACAGCGGUAGUGUCUAUGAAAACGAAAAGAACAACGGUGUUGCUCAUUUCCUCGAACAUAUGAUCUUCAAGGGCACUGAAAAGCGUCCAUCACCAAACUUUAUCGAAACUGAAGUCGAAAAUAUGGGUGGCAAUCUCAAUGCCUUUACUUCUCGUGAACACAGUGCCUACUAUAUGAAGGUACUCAAAGAGAAUAUCCCAAAUGCCGUAGAUAUCCUUUCUGAUAUUCUUCAAAACUCAAAGUUUGAUCAAAAAUUAAUUGAUGAUGAACGUCAUACCAUCCUCAGUGAAAUGCAAUAUAUUCAAUCUCAAGAAAACGAAUUAGUUUUUGAUCAAUUGCAUGCAACUGCAUUCCAAGGAUCUCCAUUGGGCCGUACCAUUCUUGGUCCAGUCGAAAAUAUAAACAGCAUCACCCGUAAUGAUAUUAAAAAGUUUAUGGAAGACAAUUACACUGGUCAACGUUUGGUUAUUGCUGCAUCUGGCGCCGUCAACCACGAACAACUCGUUCAACAAGUAAAGGAAAAGUUUGGUUCCAUCAAGGCUGGUGAUGCUGCACCACGUCAAUUAAUCACCAAUGAAUUUGUUGGUUCUGAAUUGCGUGUUCGUGACGACUCUAUUCCAUUGGUCCACUUUGCCGUUGCUGUAAAGGGUCUCUCUUGGAGCAGUCCAGAUUAUUUUGUUUUGGAACUCAUCCAAACCAUGAUUGGUAACUGGAGUCGUUCUAUCGCCGCUGGUCGUAACGUUUCAUCCAACCUCGGUGAAGUUGUUGCCACUGAAGGUCUUGCUGAAAGCUAUUCAACCUUUUUCUCUUGCUACAAUGACACUGGUCUCUUUGGUAACUUUGGUGUCGCUCAACCAGGUCGUGUUGACGAUCUUGUUUGCGAAAUGCUCAAGGAAUGGCAACGUAUUGCCAACGCUUGUACCGAUGCUGAAGUACAACGUGCAAAGCAAAGUCUUAUUGCCUCUUCACUCAUGCAAUAUGAUGGAACCUCAAAGAUUUGCGAAUCAAUCGGUCGUCAAGUCCUCACUCUUGGUCGUCGUAUCACUCCAGCUGAACUCUACCUCCGUAUCGCUGAAAUCUCUGUCUCUGACGUUCGUCGUGUUGCUAGAGAGCUAUUGGUCGAUGUUUCUCCUGCAGUAACUGCAAUCGGCAGUGUAGAAAACUUUCCCGAUUACAACUUUGUUAGGGGAUGGUCAUAUUGGAAUCGUCUCUAA